AUGUAUGAAGCGUAUGCUGAAGCCGAGAUAUUUGAUCCACGAAUAGAGCUGAAAAGAGCAAAGAAUUCAAUUGAAGCGUAUUUGAAGCGAAGAGCAAAAGCUGCAUGGGAUGCAAAAUUAUCGUUAGAAUCUCGAAUGAUUGCAAAUUUGAGUGAAGAAGAAGUGAAUGAUCCAAUGUCGAUGAAUUUCGUGCGUUUCAUGUCGGCAAAGGGUGAAUCGGAUAUGGCACGCGUUUACGCACACAAUCAUCAUGGUGUUUUCACUGAGGUGAACGCCACUAGGAUAUUUAAUUUCACACCGAAUGCCAACUUCUACGGCAUAGCGACUAGUUCGAUUUCAUCGGCUGUUCAUAUUCCGACACCAGUGUAUGAGCGAAAUGCUGACGUUCUGCUCAAAAUUGAUUGGUCAGAUAUUGACCAACUGUAUCGUGCAAAUAGGGAGCACACGAGGGAUUUAGCGUUCCAGAUGUUUUGCUCUGAGUCCGGUUUCUUACGCUAUUAUCCAGCUGUUUCGUGGAUUUGGGAUAGCAAACCGGAUCAAUUGGACUUAUUCGACUGCAGAAAUACAGAAUGGUUCAUAAAUGGCGCUACGUUGUCGAAAAAUGUGAUAAUAAUGCUCGAUUUGUCGGGUUCGAUGCUCGGGCAACGCUUUGAAAUUGCCAAACAAACUGUUGAGGCAAUUCUGGAGACACUCUCUGACAACGACUUCUUCAAUAUCUUACCUUUCUCUAAAACUGCCGCAUUCUUAGACGAAUGCGCCGAACAGGCUGGAUUACUUCAAGCCACCAUGCGCAACAAGAAGCUGUUGAGAGCACGAUUGAACGGUCUGACUUCUGAGGGUAAAGCUGAGUACGAGAAAGGUCUGGUGAAAGCCUUUGAAACACUCAUGAAGGUGAGCUGUCUGUUCUGCUACGUUUCACUUGUUUACCAGCAAUAA